GCGGCGGCGGCGAUUCCUAGGCUGCCGCGUGGGCACGGUCGCUUUUGGAGAGGACCGGCCGGAAAGGCGGGUAGGAAAUGGCCCUGGCAGAUCCCGGCGGUGGCAGCGCCCAACCCGGCUCAGCCUUCCCAGAGAUCGUGGAGCUGAAUGUCGGUGGUCAAGUCUACCUGACUCGCCACAGCACCCUGCUGAGUGUCCCCAACUCGUUGCUCUGGGAGAUGUUCACCCCCAAUGGUGCCCAGCCCUUGGCCCGCGACAGCAAGAACCGCGUCUUUGUCGACCGAGACGGCUUCCUCUUCCGCUACAUCCUUGACUACAUGAGAGACCGGUGCCUCGUGCUGCCGGAAAACUUCCCGGAGAGGGGCCGGCUGCGGCGCGAAGCCGAAUACUUCCAACUCCCAGAGCUGGCCCGAACGUUGGCGCCCGAAACCAGCUGGCAGGACUCAGAUGAGGAGGGCCAAAGCGACUCCGAAGAUCUUUCCCCCAGGCCCGACGCCCUAGGAAUCUCGCCCGGCGGACAAAGCACAUGGAUACCUGGCUUCAUCACCAUCGCCUACCGGGGCUCGUAUGCCCUGGGCCGGGACAGCCAGGCAGACGGCAAAUUUCGCCGGGUGGCAAGGAUCACGGUCUGCGGCAAGACAGCGCUGGCCAGGGAGGUUUUCGGCGAGGCGCUAAACGAGAGCCGGGACCCUGACCGGGCGCCGGGGCACUACACAUCCCGCUACUACCUCAAGUUCACCUUCCUGGAGGAAGCCUUUGACCGACUGGCCAGCGCCGGGUUCCAGAUGGUGGCCAGCAAUUCGACGGGGACCUGCGCCAUCGAGCCAGUGGAUGGCAAGAUAUGGACCUCGUACACCGAAUACGUCUUCUACCGUGAGUGACGCUCCGGCCAAGCCGAACCCAAACGCACCCAAAGGCGACCCUCCCUCGAUCCUCCCCGUAGCGUGUAGACAAACCAACAAACCCUCUGGCCUCUCCUCCCUCACUUCCCAAACUGAACCUUCUCGGGAUCCUUCUGAGUAGCACCGACCCUCCUCCCCAGCUUUCUCUGAAUCGUGUAACUUGGACGCUGUGAUGUGUGU